GGGAGGCCCUGUCGGAUAUACAUCAGGUAGAACAUGUGCAAGGUCAUGACAGCGAUCUAAAGAUGUACGAGAUGAAGAAAGGGGUGAGUGCCGACAUCGAAAGGAUACCAAAUUAUGAGGGAAACAAGUCCUCCUCGUCUUUCGGGGUUCUGCCGUUAUCUCUUCCCCUGAAUCUAGGACUGCAAUCACAAUCAGAGGUCGCCAGCACUCGGUUUUGGGCUGUUCUAAUUGGUAUCGACGGAUAUCCGUAUUAUCCUCUACAUGGUUGCGUGUCUGACGCGAAACUGAUGGAGAAGUAUCUCAUUGAGGAUCUCAGCGUCCCCAAAAAUCGAAUCCAACUUCUUCUUGGUGCCUCAGGUGGGGAAGUCAACCUCGACCUUGACGCUGUCUCUUCUCCUACUCGCGCCAACAUCCUUAGGACACUUUACAGUCUUAUCGAUAACCCUGAAAUCACUCCUGGUGACAAUAUCAUUAUAUACUUUGCUGGGCACGGCUCACGCUAUGCUGCUAAGGAAUAUUAUCGUGGCAGAACACCGCCGGGAGUCUCCCUGGCAUCAAUUAGGCCCAUUGAAGCCCUGUGUCCUGUGGACCGCACUCCUUUUGACAGCACGGGAUCGCCGAUUCCUGACAUUAGUGAUCGCGAAAUCAACGCUAUCUUUACCCAGCUUUCUCUGACAAAGGGCCAUAGAAUCACGCUCAUCCUGGAUUGCUGCUAUUCUGGCGUUCACACCAAAUCCAGUCCCGGUGGCAGAACACGCAGCGCAUAUCGCACUGUGCCCCCCCUGCCACGCGCUUCAAUUGGUCCUAUGCUAGAGGGUGCAAAUCAAGCUUUGAUGGCCUUCCCUGAAUAUUCUGCUCGCUGUUCGGUCGCCGCGCCCGACUGGCAGCCGGAUACGGGUUCUCAUGUGGUUUUGGCGGCGUGUCAGGAGUAUCAGUUUGCGCAAGAAGAAGUGGAAGAGGACAGGGGUUUCCAUGGGGUUUUCACGAGCGCGCUCGUUCAAGCCUUUCAGUCAGGCCAGUUGAAGAGGGGAUCAAUGUAUGUUGAUAUUAUCCGUGCGCUACCUCAGUGGCCUCAUCAGAUACCCGUUGUCGCUGGAGACCACAAGGAGGGACCAAUCUGGUACCAAGAAUGAGCGGACCUACUUUUCCCAUCAGCCAUUAACGCGCGACGUCGUUUACUCUUUUCUUCAUCAAUAUUUAUACCCACGGAUGGUGAAUACGCUGACUGUUUCCUGUCAUUGAUACUACCAACGUUCUUUAUCCAUUUCCGCUUGGCAAAGAUCUCUUUUAUUAUUCUAUGCACACUUCUUAUGUUUGAUCUUUACCGCUGAAACUUCAGUGUACAUUAUCGAGUUGGUAAUGCUUCUCGCAGCCUCAGCCAAUGCAGAGCCCAGACCAUCAAUGCAGUAUUCCGAUUAAAUCACAACGGUCGGCACAUAUUUCCGUGAGAACGAGUAGGUAAGUAGAUAGGAUUACACGGCACGGUCCGUCGGGGGACGCGUGUCAUUUCGUCAAUAUUAAGAUAUUUGAUCAAUAGCUCGCUAGUCUCCC